AUGCUGGCAUUUCACAAGUUGACUACCCUAGAUAGUCGUCUGCAAUUGUAUAGCUUCGACUCGUUGAAAGGGAAAGUUGUGCUCGUCGUCAAUGUCGCGUCUCUUUGUGGCUUCUCUCACCAAUAUGAUGAUUUGGAGAAGCUAUAUCAGAAAUAUCAUUCCAAAGGUUUGGAGAUUCUAGCGUUUCCUUGCAAUCAAUUUGGUGGCCAGGAACCUGAAGACGCCGACGCUCUCGAGAGAGUCAUUAGAGAUAAGUUUAACUGCACGUUCCCAAUCAUGAGAAAGUGCACUGUCAAUGGCGACGAUACGAACCCCGUGUACAUAUAUUUGAAACUGCAAAAGCGUGGUCACUUGGGCUUUGAAGGCAUACUAUGGAACUUCGAAAAGUUCUUGAUCGACAAAAACGGAAACGUGAGACACAGAUAUGUUUCUGGCGUGAGCCCUUUACAACUACAACCCGUCAUUGAAUCACUACUAGGUGAAGCAUGA